GAGAUUAAGUGAAAGCAAACCUUUGAAGGGACAGAAGCGAAAAUGAUCUUUAAGUAUAUCCAAAAGCCAAACCUCAAAGCACUACUCGGCUCUCGAGAUUCCCUGAUCUACCUGAAUAGAUCCAUAGAUCAAAUGGGCUGGAGACUGCCGCCUCGAACCAAGCCCCUUUGGUGGCUUUACUAUCUUUGGUCCCUGAUGGUCGUGGUACUGGUCUUUAUAUUCAUACCAUACGGCCUCAUAAUGACUGGAAUAAAGGAGUUCAAGAACUUCACCACCACGGAUCUCUUUACGUAUGUUCAGGUGCCGGUUAACACCAAUGCCUCCAUUAUGAAGGGCAUUAUUGUGCUGUUCAUGAGAGGUCGAUUCUCGAAGGCCCAAAAGAUGAUGGACCUAAUGGACGUUCGCUGCACCAAGAUGGAGGAGAAGGUCCAGGUGCACCGAUCAGCGGCUCUUUGCAACCGGGUCGUGGUUAUCUACCACUGCAUAUACUUCGGUUACCUAACCAUGGCCGUAACCGGAGCUCUGGUGAUUGGAAAGACCCCUUUCUGCCUGUACAACCCACUGGUCAACCCAGUCGAUCACUUCUAUCUGGCCACAGCAAUUGAAUCGGUCACAAUGAUUGGUAUUAUUUUGGCCAACCUCAUUCUAGACGUCUACCCCAUUAUCUAUGUGGUCAUACUAAGGACCCAUCUUGAGCUUUUGCGGCAGCGAAUAAUAGAUCUUCGAUCUGAUUUGGAUAAAGGAGAUGAUCAACAUUACGAGGAGCUGGUGGGGUGUGUGAAGGACCACAAGCUGAUUGUGGAAUAUGGAAACACUCUGCGCCCUAUGAUAUCUGCCACGAUGUUCAUACAACUGCUGUCCGUAGGCCUUCUCCUGGGUCUGGCAGCGGUUUCCAUGCAGUUUUAUAACACCGUGAUGGAACGUCUGGUCUCUGGGGUCUAUACCGUAGCCAUACUCUCCCAAACCUUUCCGUUUUGCUAUGUCUGCGAGCAACUGAACAGCGACUGCGAGUCCCUAACCAACACAUUGUUCCACUCCAAGUGGAUCGGGGCAGAACGUCGAUAUAGAACCACGAUGCUCUACUUCAUUCAUAAUGUCCAGCAGUCGAUUCUUUUUACUGCGGGCGGAAUUUUCCCCAUCUGCUUGAACACCAAUAUUAAGAUGGCCAAGUUCGCUUUCUCAGUGGUAACCAUUGUGAAUGAAAUGGACUUGGCGGAGAAAUUGAGAAGGGAGUAAGGCGGAACCUUUUUUAAUAAUAACUUACAGAGUUUUGAUAAUAAUGCA